UUGAGUAGAUCAAGCUUCACCAUGUCAUAUGAUUUCUACAUAGAAGGGGACACAGAUUCUGAAAUGCUUCCCAUCAGUGAUGAUGAUGAUGAUGAAGGUGCAUUUGAAGGAGAUGAAGACUUGCUGUAUUUGGCUACUGACCAGCAAGAGGAGGAAAUUGAUUUCUCUGAUUCUGACAACAUUGGUGAUGGAGAAGAUUCCUAUUACUUUGAUGCAGAGGAUGGUGAAGAAUUUUAUUUGGAAGACUCUGAAAUGGAUGAGGAUGAAAGAUACUGGAAUGAGGAAGUUCACAGUGACUCCACAGUUACCAGAGCACAAAGUCUACUGAUGUACAUUUUGUUCACCUUGACACACAGACUAACUAAAGUUGCCAGUGCUGACCUUUUGGAACUUAUAAACCUGCACAUUCCAAAUCUUUUCCCAAGAUCCAAUUACUUCAUCGAAAAGUUUUUCAGUGUUGCAGAUCACAUGGACACCAUUGAAAAACAUUUUGUUUGUGAACAGUGCCAAGGAUAUAUGGGCAAGGAGAUUAUUCAGACGUGUGUGUAUUGUGGCUGGGAGAACAGAGAAAGUGAAACAACUGCAAACUUUUUCCUGGUUUUACCAUUACAUUCCCAAAUAGAGAACUAUUUAAAAGUGAAUGGACUGCCGCAACAAAACAGAACUCCUGAUGGUGUGUUAACUUGUGUUGCUGAUGGAGCAGUCUACAAAGAGCUGCGUGAGAACGGGACCAUUGGCGAGGAUGACUUAAGCUUUCAAUGGAAUUGUGAUGGGAUGCCCGUUUUCAAGUCAUCGGGAUAUUCCGUUUGGCCUAUCCAACUCAUGCUGAAUGAAUGUUCGCCAUCAGAGAGGAAAAAGAAUGUCAUUUUAGCGGCAUUGUGGUUUGGGCAUGGCAAGCCCAGAAUGGACAGUUUUCUGACACCAUUUGUCGAUAUGUGCAACAACCUUAGUAAAGAGGGAGUCACUUGGAUAGAUACCAUUGGUCAGAAACACUGCACAAAGAUUCACACCCUUAUCUGCACCAGUGAUGCAGUGGCAAGGCCAGCCUUGAGGAACGCCAAACAAUUUAAUGGACAGUUUGGGUGUGAUUGGUGUUUACACCCAGGAGAGGUUGUUGGGAAGGGAGAUGGACACGUAAGGGCAUAUCCUUCAGAUGCACACCCUGAGAGGACCCAUGCAUCAGUGCUCGAGGAUGGACUAUUAGCCUGUACCUCAUCUCGUGCAGUCAAUGGAAUCAAAGGACUAAGCCCAUUAUGCUUACUAAGUGUGUUCAAUAUGGUGGCAGGAUUUGUACCUGACUACUUACACAAUGUGUGCCAGGGUGUUACUCGGCAGUUUACAAGCCUUUGGUUGGACACCCACAACAAAGGAAAGCCAUUCUAUAUUGGACGACAGUGGGAGGAACUGGACAGGAAGCUGCUGAAACUAAAACCUCCAUUUGAAAUUACUCGUAGACCACGUUCUCUGUCCACUCGGCGGUUUUGGAAAGCAUCAGAGUGGAGAGCUUUCCUAAUUUUCUACUCCCUGAUCAUUCUACGAGGCACUCUUCCACAACAGUAUGUUAACCAUUUCUUCCUCUUGGUGUUUGCGAUAUACACACUACUGCAGUCAUCGGUAACUUUGAACGAAGUUGACUGUGCUGAGAGAGCUCUCAGAAAGUUCGUACAUCAAGUAGGAGAAUUAUAUGGAACUGAACACAUGAGCUUCAAUGUCCAUCAGCUCUUACAUGUUGCCCAGAGUGUCCGUAAUUGGGGUCCAAUAUGGGGUACAUCUACAUUUCCUUUCGAGGGCAAUGGAGGACAUUUAUUGACGAUGUUUAAGGGAACCCAACAUGUAUCAACGCAGAUAUGCAAAUCUUUGAUUUUGUUUCAAGAAGCAAAGAGACUUUCCUUGUUUCAUUUGUGUAAUGCAUCUGACUCAGUGAAAUUUUUCUGUGACAAGUUACAAGAAUGUGAACAUGUUUCUUCUGAAUGUGGAUGUAAAACACCUUACAUUGUUGGAAAAAAACUUGAGAAAACAAAUGAGCUGUUGUUUAUUGACACAGAUACUGGUGCUUCAUCUUUUUUUAUAACAACAGUCAAGGAAACCCAAGCUAGAGUUGUCAUUGACAUUGAGGACUUUUACUCAAAAUGUCUAUUAUUGGCUAGAUUGUUGAUGUCCCUACGAGCCCUCAGAAGUAAAGAAAAGUUUGAAGACGCUGUCUUUACUGAUGAGACGAAAGUGGAAAUGAGUGCCAAUGGGCUACUUCACCUUAGAAAAGGCUCCCCACAUCAAAGAGACCAAAACCAAAACAUUCAUACAAGACAUGAACCGACACUGCCUGUAGACAUGAACCGACUGUGCCUGAAGUCAUGA